ACGCAGCUGACAGUUUGAACAAAAUGUCAACGACAAAACGAAAAACGACUAAACAUCCAAAGACCUCCAAACUCACCAGCACCAGCCGCACCACGGCAUCAUUAACAGAAUCCGCUAGCUCCUUCGGAGACCCCGCAUUCUUCCCAUUCGGUCGAUACACAGGCAUCGUCGGAGUCCAUACCAGUUUACUGUUGUACAUCCUACUCUUCUUGCCUCGUUCCACAAAGGGCUGGUUGGUCGAUGAUGAAACGGAAAUGAGAAUCAAGUUCACGUCGACGUCGAGAGAUCGACCGCAACAUCCGUUUUUGGAAGCGAUUACGGUGGAUCCUGCGAUUACGGUUGCAACGGUUUGUGUGGGUGUAGGGGUGGUGCAGGCUUGGUGGGGGUGGUUUGUGAGGGGGUGGUGGGUGGAUUUUUCGGUGUGGGGGUUGGGAGGGGCUGGGGGUGGUGAUGGGAGGGUUGAGAAGUGGGAGUUGGAGAGGGAUAAGGCUGUGCAACUCGGGAAAGCUUGGUUGUUCACCAUGGCUGCUUCGAUACCUCUACACGUCUUCUUGGUUAUGCUCGGUGCACCAGUGUCGACACAUAUCCCACAAACGUACUUUCUGGCUUUACUCUUAUCCAUCCUCAUCCUCUUCACCCCCGCUUUCGUCUUUGGCUUACCCUCUCUAUCAUCCAACACCGAAGCGUUAUUGAUCAGACUGACCUGGGUCAGACUCUUCUCGGAAUUCUCCAUCCGAACCCCAGUCGAACGAGCGAUUCUAUAUCCAGCUCUCGGAACCGUCGUUGGGUGUUGGUUAGGUGCUAUUCCGAUUGCGCUUGAUUGGGAUCGACCUUGGCAGGCCUGGCCUCUACCACCCUUAUUUGGAGCUGUUCUCGGAUAUAUCGUAUCUUCUAUCACGGCUCUUACGGUUAGCGCUAUCAAGGCACUGGCGGAUGAUCAUAUUCGUUCACUCAAAGCGGAGUAAUUGGACAGUUGAGGUAUGUAUGGCGAUAACUUUAGUCUAUUUCGUUCUAUUAUAUCUAUUCUCUAUUCUCUAGAAAAGGUAGUAACCCGUCCGCACUA